AUGUCUUACAACAACCGUGACAAUGACUAUAGCUCCAGCCGCUCUGGUGGAAAUGAUAGCUAUGGCUCUCGCCAGGGCAAUGACUCCUACGGCUCCUCCGGUGUAGGAAAUGAUUCGUAUGGUUCAAAGAACGACAGCUACGGAUCCUCCAACCGCUCGGGAAACUCUGGCUACGGCGGUUCUGAUUCCUACAACUCCUCCAGCCGUUCUGGAGCAAACGACUCCUACGGCUCGUCCAACCGGGACAACUACGGUUCUUCCAACGAUUCUUACGGUUCCGGCAACCGCAAGGACAACGACUCCUACGGAUCCUCUGGAAACAGCUACGGCUCAAAGCAGGAUAGCUACGGCUCCAGCCGUGACAACGACAAUGACUCCUACGGCUCAAAGAAGGACAACUAUGGCUCCUCCAGUGGCUCAUAUGGCUCCAAGAAUGACAACAGUUAUGGAUCCUCUGGCGAUUCCUAUGGUUCCAAGAAGGACCACAGCUCUUCCAGUGGCUCUUAUGGCUCUAGCGGUCGUGACAGCGACAAUGAUAACUCUUAUGGGUCUAAGAAGGAUAGUUACGGCUCUUCUAACGACUCCUACGGCUCUAAGAAUGACAGCUAUGGCUCCAGCCGUCGUGACAACGACAACGAUAACUCUUACGGUUCUAAGAAGGACAGCUAUGGCUCCUCUAACGACUCUUACGGAUCAAAGAACGACUCUUAUGGGUCUAAGAAUGAUAGCUAUGGUUCCAGCCGUCGUGAUAACGACAACGAUAACUCUUACGGUUCUAAG